CUCUUGGGUUGGGGUUGGGCCUGGGUUUAGCUAAAACCCGACCCAGUCUGCCCGGUUUGCACCCAUAGGCCAUAGUCUCGAUUCUCGCCGUCUCGCGCGGGGAGUUUACUAUUGGGCUGGAACGAGCCAGCGGCGACGUACGGAUUCAGAGAUUGAUCAACUGGGAAUUACUGUGGAUCCCCCCUGUUAUGUUUCUCUAUGAUAACUAGCCAGAAAGAAAACUUCUCUGUGUCCUGUAAAUUUUUUUUACUCAAGUGAGUCCCCUGUAACCCUGUUAAGUGUUUGUUAACUACCCAAAACGAAAAAAAGAAACGGUCGUAACUUCUAUCUCCCGGAAACUUCCCUCCCCGACGACUCAGUGCCGAAGUCAAUAACAAUCACGCAUCAGUUCACGCGUUUACUCUUCUUCUAGUACUGUUCUACAACCAAAAAACACAUCUCAGAACAUUCUGCAGAGAACAGGAUUUCAGCCUUGUUCUUCCUUUUCUUUGCGUCUGUUUCUGUGCUUUUCUCCCUGGUUUAUCAAAGCUUUGUUUCCAAACUCGCCACUGUUCACUCUCUGUUUCUUAUACGAUGUAUGUUAUGCUCGUCCAGUGUUCCAACUGCCGGGCGGCACUGCAGCUCCCGCCGGUCGCCAACAUGAUUCAAUGCACCAUAUGCGGAGCCAUCACCAGCACCCUCCACCCCUUUUGCCUUUCUCCUCCGCAUUACCAUAAUUACCAUUACAUCCCCCCUUACCCGCCUCCUCCACCCUACGGCGGCGUCCCUCCGCCCCUUCCUCCUCCGUCUCUCCACAUCCCCAAGAAAGCGGUCGUAUGUGGCAUUUCGUAUCGCAACACCCAGCAACAGCUUCUUGGCCCCAUCAACGACGCCCAAUGCAUGCGCCACCUCCUCRUGAAAGAAUUCGGCUUCCCGGAAUCCUCCAUCCUCAUGCUCACAGAAGAUGCAACUGAGUCAUACAAAAUUCCAACCAAACGAAACAUGAUGAUGGGAUUGCAUUGGCUAGUACAAGAUUGUCAACCCGGAGAUUCUCUGGUAUUCCAUUUUUCUGGCCAUGGCUUACAGCUGGUGAACAAUAAUGGAGACGAAGUUGAUGGCUAUGAUGAAUGCCUUUGUCCUCUAGAUUAUUUUAGUGAAGGAAUGAUUGUUGAUGAUGAACUAAAUGCAUUGAUUGUCAGACCGCUUCUUCAUGGGGUGAAGCUGCAUGCAAUAAUAGAUGCUUGCCAUAGUGGAACUGCACUAGAUUUGCCAUAUUUCUGCAGAAUGGACAAGAGUGGGAGGUAUAGGUGGGAAGAUCAUAAUCCUCCAUCAGGAGUGUGGAAAGGUACAAGUGGUGGAGAAGCAAUCUGCUUUAGUUCUUGUGAUGAUUACCAAAAAUCUAUUGACACUAUGGUUCUAUCAAAAACUACUUAUACGGGUGCCAUGACUUAUGGUUUCAUUCAAGCAAUUGAGUGCGGACACCGUAAUACAUAUGGGAGCAUACUAAAUUCAAUUAGGAGUACCAUUGAUGAUAUGGGUAAGGAUGGUGGUGGUGGUCGAAUAACAUUUCUCUCGAAUUUUCUCACAGGAAGCAGUCUCAAUGGCAGGGUGAGACAGGAGCCGCAGUUAACAGCCAGCAAUCAAUUUGAUGUGUAUAACAAACCUUUCUCCUUAUGACCCAUACUCUCUCUCUCUCAUGACCUACAGAGUUCUGAUUCCAAAUUGUAUUACAUUGUUCUGUGAAACUUGUAAUGUCUAAAUAUUGGAAGAUCCCUCUUUUUUCUUUCA